GUAUGGCUGGUGCAUUGUGGGAUCGAAACGAAUUGCAUUGUGGGUUGGCACGCCAACAAUACUAGUGCUUCAUACUUGCGCGCCUUGUUUAUUUCUGUAAUGUUGCAAUGAUUAUAUUAAUUACAUCAUAAAUAAUAAGAGUGUAGAAAGGUUUUUGUCAGACAUUCAAUGCACAAUGCCAAAUUUUUGUGCCGCUCCGAACUGUACCAGGAAAAGCACUCAGUCCGAUUUAGCUUUCUUUAGGUUUCCAAGGGAUCCGGAGAGAUGUAGGUUGUGGGUGGAGAACUGUCGGCGUGCAGAUCUGGAGGAGAAAACUCCUGAUCAGCUGAACAAGCACUACCGGCUGUGUGCAAAGCACUUUGAACCAGCCAUGAUAUGCAAAACUAGCCCUUACAGGACAGUACUAAGGGACACUGCUAUUCCCACGAUUUUUGAUUUAACCAGCCACCUCGCAAAUCCUCACAGCAGACAUCGCAAACGCAUCAAAGUUCUGACAGAUGAAGAGGUUCGGAAAAUCAAAGAAAGACGAUUGGAGUCUUCGAUUGAACAACUGCUCUCGAAAAAAGACUGUGACUCUCAGGAUGACAGCGAGAACACAGAUGACGUCCCUCAGCUUACGCCCGAACAAAAAGACCUAAGAGAGUUCUUAAGAUCUUCGUUUGAAGUCAUGGUUUUGAUAGGAAGGCAAAACUUUCCAUUCAGUUGCAAUGCAAGAGAAGAUGAGAUCCGCUCUAAGGAGGAGGAACGCCUCUUUAGCACAGGUACCUUUCAAGCGCUGAUUGAGAACCGUAUCAAUGCGGGCGAUGAAUUUCUUCGAAGGAGGUUCGAGGCAGUGGCUGUUAAUGAGGACUAUUGCCCGGCCGUUCAGCAGAGGCAGAUGCUGGAGGUCUGCGAGAGAUGCGUGCGUGAAGAGAUCCUUCAACAAGUCCGAGAAUGUCGCUUCUUUUCGAUCAUCACAGGGGAGUUAGUGGACUUCCCAGAGGGAGAACACCUGCCUGUAUUCCUGCGCUUUGUAGACCAAGCCAACACUCUUAGAGAAGAGUUCAUAGAGUUCCUCUCAUUUGAAGGAGAGGAGGUUGCUGUCGCUGAGAGAUUGGAGUCUCAGUUGACGAAGGGAUGGGGCCUGAGUAUGGAACACUGCAGAGGACAAGCGUAUGCGGGAUCUGGUAUACUUGGGACUAAGAUGAAGGUCAUCGCUGCCCACCUCAAGGAGAAAUAUCCCAUGGCGGUGAUCACGCCCACUUCCACCUGUGCACUUAAUGUUCAUCUCGCUAAUGGCAUGCCGCUGACUGGAGUGCAAGUUGUGAUAUCAGUUCUGAAAAAGACAAAUGUGUUUUUUAAAACAUCUCCAUUGUUGCAGACCGAACUCGAUAAUGCUAUCUCCAUUCUGUGUCAAGGAAACAUGGAAAAAGAAAAUGCUCUCAAAGAGGGCUCGCGUUCAACCUGGACCGAUCUUCAUAAUGUGUUCGAGAUGGCUGUCGAUUUGAUGGAGCCACUUCUGCUGUGCAUGGACAGUAUACAUGACAAUGAGGAUCUGAAGUGGAACGACCAAGUCACCAAUGAUGCUUACGCCAUUUCAGAGGCCUUGGCGGACUUUGAGUUCAUCGUGACGUUGGUUAUUUUGAAGAACGCCCUGUCUUUCACGAGGGCUUUUGGUAAGAACUUACAAGGAGAAACCAUUGAUGUGUUUUUCGCUGCCAACAGCCUAACAGCAGUACUGCAUUCAUUGCACGAGGUAACGGACAAUCUGGAAGUAUACCACGAAUUCUGGUUCGAAGAGGCUGUUAGUUUGGCGACUGCAAUGGAGAUCCCGGUCAAAGUCCCGAGGUUGUUUCUUCGGAAGCAACAGGCAGUGGAGACCAUGGAAAUACAGGCGGAGUCGUUCUUUAAAGAGUAUCUGACGCAGCCGGUUAUGGAGUACAUCACACAAGAGGUCAAGGACAUCUUCUCGGAGAAUCAUCUCAAGGCGCUCAAGUGCUUGUCUCUUGUCCCCGCAGUCAUGGGCCAAAUGAGGUUCAAUACCUCUGAGGAGUCACAUGCAGACAUUUACAGGAGCGAUCUGCCGCAUCCGGACACAUUGCCGGCUGAACUGCAUUGUUGGAGAAUAAAAUGGAAACACAGAGGAAAGGAAGUAAGCUUGCCGUGCACCAUUCACGAAACCCUUCAGCACUCCGAUGUGAAGUUCUUCCCAAAUGUUAAUGCGUUUUUGAAAAUAUUAGCCACGUUGCCGGUGCUGAAGCUUGAUGGGAGUCACGGUGAAACUGCCCAAAGACGGUUACAAGCUUACCUCACAGACACUGCGGUAAACCAAAGGUGUAAGAAUCUAGCUGUGCUGAACAUCAAUUACCAUAUAAAGACAGACCUGGAAGAAAUGGUUCAGUGUUAUAUAAAAAGUUACCCAGAAGAAAGUGAGAGUGAUUAACCACUAAAACAUAUAGACUCUCCAAGUAUCGACUGCAAAAAUAUUUGAGCUGGAAAUGUAAUAAGUUCUGUACUGUUUUGUAAGUUCCCUUUGCUUUUUGUCAUGAUGCCAAUUGUUUAUUUUGUGUCUUCCCCCCCCCCCCGGAGAUUUAUAGUACUAUUUUUACAUUUGUGAGGACCGUCAAAAAGAUUCACCAUGUACGAUUUUACACAGUGGUCUUGCAUUGUUUUGUUUGCUUGACUGUCUAGUGUGAAGCUGGACUGAUAAAAGACAAAAUUGACAUUGAAAUUCAACUAUUAAAGACAAGUUUGUGUUUGUAUAAACUGGUCCAAAGUGUAAAUAAAAUAAAGCACUUUUGAUGCUUUCUUCUACAA